AUGAAAAAGAUUAAUGAUAAUAAGAGUUCUGGCGGAAGAGUUGAAUUAGAAGUGAAUGAUGUUAAUGAGAAAUUAGCCGAAAAAGCAAACAAAAAUGAGCUUUUAGCUCUGAGUGAUAAAGUCAAGAACCACGUUCAUUAUAUAACUUCAGACGAACAGAUUAUAACGGACUACCAUGGAUAUUUAACACAGGAUGAAGAAGCGAAGACGAAAGAUGUUAAUGAAAGAAGAUAUAAAUACAUUCGUGCUAAAGGUUAUGACAUAAGCUGUACUGUACAGUAUGACACGGGUAAAGCACAAGAAACAUUUGGUUAUAACGAUGAAAUUUAUGCCUCUACUUUCAAUGUUAAAGGUGUAUUAGUUGAACCAAGAUUUACUUUGAGAGUUAAGUCAAAAAUAACGUUUGAAGAUGCUAUUAAAAGUAAAGCUGACAAAGUUGAACUCGAAGCAACGAACAAAGUUUUGAAAUCUCAUAAACACAACAUCUCCGAUAUAAAUGAACUUCAAGCUACAUUAGACAGUAAAGCCGACAAGAACCAUACACAUAAAUCCUUCACUACUGUUAGAGCAGACGACAUAAUAUUGAACUUUGACCUUGGUUCAAGUGCACCAUUAGAAAAUCCAAGUACAAGCGUAAAAGAUACUCUUAACAAUUUAGAUAAGAGUUGCAGGAACAUUGAAAGUCAUGCCAGAAACUUUGAAGCAUAUGAACUACCAGCAAUGUUAGACAAGAAAGCAGAUAAAACUUAUGUGGAUGCAGAACUAACAAAGAAAUUUUCGAAACCAGAUACAAUGACAUUUACAACAGAAAUUAUAAAUGGUGAACCAGCAACUCCAUUUGAAUUUGUUAGAGGUCUUCAACCAGAUACUUUUGAAUUUUUCUUGGAUAAUUCUAUUGAACUAACAUUACAUUAUAAAAGUGGAACAAAUGCAACAUUUCAUCCGGGAGAUACAUUCCAAAUGGUAUUUAAUGACAUAAGUUCUUUAGAAUAUGUUUAUAGAGUUAUGAGCAUAUAUGAUUUAAUAUAUCCUAUAGGAGCUGUUUAUACGUCUAUGAAUCCAAUAAAUCCAAACACUUUAUUUGGUGGUAGAUGGUAUGAAAUAGUUGACAGUUUUCCAUUCUACACUAAUACGCAGUCAAUGAAGAUGGGAGGUUCAAAGAAAAUAGGUAUUGAAAACCUUCCUUCACAUAUGCAUAG